GAGAGGGAGGAGGGAGCAGGGGGCUGAGCUGAUCCCACGUGUGACGCUUUCAUUCCCGGCUCAGUAAUAUUCUCAUAGCGGGGCUUUGCAUAUCUCCUGCCGUAUCUGUGCGUGUCUGUCACUGUUACUGUAGUCCCAGCCUAUAGUUUGGAAUAGAUAUGGAAGGAGACGGGAGUCAAGCCACAUCCGGAAGCCUAAAUGAUUCACAACAUGACCCGGGUAAAAUGUUUAUCGGUGGCCUCAGCUGGCAAACCUCACCAGACAGCCUUAGAGACUAUUUUAGUAAAUUCGGAGAAAUAAGAGAAUGUAUGGUGAUGAGAGACCCCACGACAAAACGUUCAAGAGGAUUUGGGUUUGUUACAUUUACAGAUGCUGCCAGUGUAGAUAAAGUCUUAGCUCAACAACACCACGAAUUAGACUCAAAGACGAUUGAUCCUAAGGUUGCCUUUCCCCGUCGCGCCCAGCCUAAGAUGGUCACAAGAACAAAGAAAAUAUUUGUGGGUGGCUUGUCAGCCAAUACAGUAGUGGAAGACGUGAAGCAGUAUUUUGAACAGUUUGGGAAGGUUGAUGAUGCCAUGCUUAUGUUUGAUAAGACUACUAACAGACAUAGAGGAUUUGGUUUCAUAACAUUUGACAGUGAAGACAUCGUAGAGAAAGUCUGUGAAAUUCAUUUUCAUGAAAUCAAUAACAAAAUGGUAGAAUGUAAGAAGGCCCAGCCCAAGGAGGUGAUGUUCCCACCAGGUACACGGGGGCGAGCCAGGGGUCUGCCCUACACCAUGGAUGCCUUCAUGCUGGGGAUGGGCAUGCUAAGUUACCCUAAUAUUGUGGCAACGUAUGGUCGCGGAUACACUGGAUUCGCGCCCAGCUACAGCUACCAGUUCCCUGGCUUCCCAGCGACAGCAUAUGGACCGGUGGCGGCGGCGGCAGUAGCGGCAGCGCGUGGCUCAGGUAGGGGGGCCCGUGGAAGAGGCGGCUACUUGGCGUACCCACAGAGCACAGGGCCAGGCCUCCCCGAUUAUGGGUUUUACUCUGCGCCCAGUGACCAGAGGGGGGGGCCCUGCUCCUUUGCUGACUAUGGCUCCCUGGGGCCCCAAGCGGCUCAGAUGCUGCACAGUGAGCAUGCCACCUCCGCCUGCAACUCCCCCCUACAGCACCUACACAGCCCGGAUCAAUUUAAGAACCCAGGUGCCAACCCGUCAAGGCCCGGAGGUUUCCCCGGCGCUAAUAGUCCAGGGCCUGUGGCUGACCUAUAUGGACCUAGCAGCCAGGAUUCAGCUGUGGGCAACUACAUCAGUGCUGCUAGCCCUCAGCCUGGCUCUGGCUUUGGCCCCAGCAUCACACAGAGUAUAUCUGGUGGCCCAGGAAAGACAGGACGAAGUUUCUAAUUGGCUUUGUGUGCAGGUGAUGCUAAUCCAACUUCAAGCACUACAGCGUCACCCCGGCAAAACGAACGAAAGUCGGAACCAUAUGAAGAAGAAAAGAAAAUGUUUAUCAUCUCAGAAAAAUAACAACUGCUGUACUAUAAUCCAAACCUCCUAUAACUUUACAACCUGGUUUGGUAUGAUGUUUCACGUCGAGUUCAUUCACCUACUUUCUUCCUCUGUUAGCUUUUCUUUUGAUUAGCUUUGAGAGAGUCGUUUUAGUUGAACCUUUAAUUUUGUGUCGUUUUUCUUUUCUUUUCUGGUAUUGUUGUGUAAAUCUU